CCUCCAAUCCCCUUCUCUUCUUUCGCCGUCAACAUCCUCUCUCUAAAAUCCCGUCCGUAGUUACUCCCUACACCUACCAGUCUCCCCUUUCUGCAAUUUGUAUACAUACAAAACCAUCUGGGAAGGACUAUGUUCGACUUAGGUGAUGAUUUUAUAGUUGGAAGCGACAGAGUACCCUGGCUCAUAUGGAUCCAAUUGAUUGUUAUGCUCCUCCUCAUUCUUCUUUUCUGUCAUUUAGGUGCUCUCUCAUUUGACCUUGAUCUCUCUUCUAACUCCUCCAAACCAGGCCCUUCAUUUUCUCCUCUUCUUCUCGGAUCCUUCGCUGACCAGUACUCUUCUCCAGCCGCUAACACAAAGGCGGUUGAGAAUAAAAGCAUACCCGUCAUCGAAUGCGAAGUAAGAACAGGCACAAGUGGGAUAAUAGCGGCCAUAGGAGGAAGGGAGAAUGAUGAGGAAAAGGAAUUGGGCGGUGGUGCCUCCAAUUUCUCAUACCAUCCAUGUCAUUACUUUGGCUUGGCAAGAAGAGCUUUUCUGAAGUGUCUCGGUUUAGAUUCAAAGUCAACAGCACAUUCCAACAAGGAACACAGUAAAGAAGAAUAACAUGUAUUUGAGUUUUUAUGCUGAACAGAAAUCUUAGUACAUAUAUUCAUUCAUAUGUUAGUUCUCGUGCUAUUGAGAUAAUGAAGAUGAGCUAAUUUGUUGGUGUAAUUUUUGAGAAUAUUCUUUGGAAAGAAGGGUGUGAAGAGAUUAAUGUUCAUUGUGUCACGAGGGGA